AUGAAGGGUAACAAAUUAAGUAUUUUAGAACAGACAAAUUCAGGGUUACGAAAACAGAUAGAAUAUAAUAGACAAAAAUUAAAACCAAUAAUUUCAAGCAUUUUGUUUUGUGCAACUCAUGAUCUUUCUCUACGGGGAAAAACAUCAACUUCGGGCAUAUUUAACGAUCUUUUACUUUUUCGGAUUGAAUCGGGUGAUGAAUUAUUACAAAAACAUAUAUCGGAGAAUGCGGGAAAUGCCAAAUAUACAUCACCUCGAAUUCAAAAUGAAAUUAUUUCUAUAUGCGGAAAGUUAAUUAAAAAUGACAUAGUUAAUUUAGCUAACGCGGCAAAUGCUUUUUCUGUUAUUGCUGACGAAACUGCAGAUAUUUCUGGAACAGAACAAUUGUCAAUAGGAAUUCGAUUUUUAGACAAACACUCAAAUCCACCAAAAAUUAGGGAAGAAUUUUUAGGAUUUACUCCAUUAGAAAAAUUAAAUGCUCAAUCUGUAGCUACAAACAUUAUAUCAUUUAUGACUGACUGUGGUUUAAAUUUAAACAAACUAUAUGGGCAAGGAUAUGAUGGUUGUGCUACAAUGGCCGGACAAGAAGGCGGUGUUAGUAAAUUAAUUCGUGAUAAAUACAACAAAGCUUUAUUUUUUCAUUGUUCUAAUCACAGGUUAAAUUUAGUUAUAAAUGAUUUAAAUAAAAUAAUGAUUAUUCGUAAUACUACUGGAACUAUAAAAGAUAUUAUAAGAUUUUUCCGUGAAAGUACGCUUAGACGAAAACUUAUACCUAACACCACUAUUUUGUGA